AUGACUUUGGCAGGGUUGGACAAAUUUUACGCGGCGUACUUUCUUCUUCACAUCCCCAUCACGGUGCUCAUCGACUCCUCCUUGGUGAUUCCGCCGGCGCACCGCCCGCUCUUGCAGCAGCAGAUCUUGAAGUUCCACUUUGAGCAGAACAAGGAUUUCCUUCUUGUGAACGUCCGCAACUGGCUCUGGUGCUUCGGGAUCAUCGAGAUGGUGUUUCAGUUGCCAUUCUUUGCGUGGGCCGCCUACAGGUUGUUAGGAAGGAAGGGCCAGAUGUUGACGUUGACCAUGGCUCCGGGGAUGAUCUUGUACGGCUUCAAUGCCUCUGUGACCUCGUUGGUGUGCAUUGUGGAGAUUGUGUUGGAGGGUGCUAGGAAUGGUUUGACCCAGAGCGAGGUCUGGGCCCUUGUGGGGGUCUACUUCCCCACUUUUGUGAUUCCAUUCGUGAUGUUGCUGGUAUUUACCGUUCGGAUCUAA